AUGACUCCAGUUUUCAUUUGCCUCUUCUUCCUCUCGCUGAGUGCACUUCCUGGGCACGCCGUUGAUGAUGAAGUCAUGAAAGAGGUUUCUUCGGACGUCUCUCUCACCAUCUCCAGAGUUAAUUCUCACGCAACGACAAGGCUGAUACACGGCGACCUUCUGCCAAAUACAAACAAGAAUGCCGACCCCUGCACAGCAACCGGCUGCAAGUGGCCCAAAACUGGAAACUUUGUCUACGUGCCCGUCACCAUCUCGUCACAAUACACCAGAGAAGAGCAGAACAUCAUCAUCAGAGCCCUGCUGACCUUCCACCAAAGCACCUGCAUCCGUUUUAUGUGGAGACGUCGGGAAAGGAAUUACAUCUACUUCUACUCUGGAUCUGGGUGUUUCUCUUACCUGGGCCGUCAGAAUCGAGGCCAGCCGAUCUCUCUGAGUCAAAGAGGUUGUUUGUACUUGGACACGGUGCAACACGAGGUGCUCCACGCUCUGGGCUUCCACCACGAACAGGUCCGCUCCGACAGAGACGAACACGUCUCCAUCCUCACCCAGAACAUUCAGCCAGGAACCGAAUCAAACUUUGAAAAGGAGCAGACUAACAACUUGGAAACUCCGUACGACUUUGACUCUGUCAUGCAUUACAGCAAUUACGCUUUCUCCAGGAAUGGUCAACCAACCAUCAUUGCAAAGGACGAUCCUAAGCGUUUGUUUGGACAAGCCACAAAAAUGAGCCAAAACGACAUUGAUCGUGUCAACAAGCUUUACAACUGCUGUGAGUAA